AAUGAAAUAUUUUAGAAUACAGCUUUGUGUUCUUGAAAUACCCUACCAAUUACUUUUUUGGGAGUGGGACAUAACUACUUAUGAGUACUUAUAUGCAUAUAAGCAUGGUGAACUGGGGCUUUUUUUCUUUUUUGGGGUAAAUUGGAUAUGUUUACUCAUAAUUAGGGGUUGGUCUGUAUUUAAAUUACGAGUUAUCGUAUUGGAGCACUGUUUCUUUCGUCGUAUCGAAUGGCCAAAGAUAGAAAGGCGGCAAGUUCAACCUCCCUUUAAGCCUAAAAUUUCCAGCAAAUCGUCAACAGAAAAUUUCGAUGCCCAAUUUCUCAGACUUCCACUGAAAUUAACCCAACCCGAUUGGGAUAUUUUGGAAGAAAUGAAGGGAGACGAAUUUGUUAGUUUCGACCAUUUUAAUUUUGAUUAUGCGGCGGAGGCUGCCUGUGCAGAAUAUGGAAGGGAGGCGGAAGAAGCUCUUUUAGGGCAUAAUAAAAAUUUUGAAGAAAAUUUGGGGAAAAAUAAAGAAGAAUUAAAUAAUGGAAAUAUUAAAGAAUUAAAUGAAGAGGAAAUUAAAAAACAAAAUUUAAAAUUAAAUAGUGAAUGUAGUGAUGAUGCUGUUAAUAUUACUAAUAAUUUGUCUGUUAAUAAUUAAUUUUUCUUUUAAUUUUUUAAAAUUUCUUUUUGAUGUGGUACGUUGUGGAAUUAGUGUAUUUAUGUAUAUAUUUCUCUUUUACCUAAUUCUAUUUUGUUGUUAUUAUUCAUGUUUCUUGGCCUUGAAAGCUUCUCAAAACUUGCU